UGGAGUAGAUACUUCCUUUGUUUGCUUUCAGAAAAAAUCUUUCUAUAGCAUUUAACUAUGAAGUGUGUUUUUCUUUUAUUGGGUCUAACUGCCUUUGUGGUCGUUCAGGUAAAUGCACUGAAACCCUGUUUAGGACAAGCAAAUUGCGAAGAUGAUGAAUGUUGUGUGAGAAUGAGUAGUUUUGUAAAAUUAUGUCAAAAAAGAGUAGAAAAAGACAAAGUGUGUAUGCCGAAGCCUGUGAAAGUACCUGUUUAUAAAGAAAUGUACGCACUAAGAUGCCCAUGUCAAGAAGGGUUAGAAUGCUUAAAAAAGGAAGAUAAAGGACUUGCUAAGUUUAUCUACACCUGCCAAGUAGAAAAUGAAGAGACAACAGAUGAACCGGAACCGGAACCGGAACCAGAACCGGAAGAAUAACUGGAAUAAUAAAUCUGUAAAAAAUAAAAUAAAAAAUGUAUAAGAUAUACAAAAA